GUGUGCAAGAGAGGUGCCCUCGAGAAGUGUGCAAGCGAGCAGAGCGAGGCGGUUUCAGGGUUGGACGAAGCAAUUGGCGACCCCGGAAUGUGUGCCAACGCCACGGGAUAGUUAUGAGGAAGUCGAUCCAGUGUUCCCCACAGACUAACGGUAGCCACAGUGGACGUGUAACCUGAGUUACUAGCACCAACUCUCUUCAGCGAUGGCUGCUGCAGGCCAACCUGAUCCCGUAAAGGAAGAGGAUGAAUUUGGCCCGGAUGAAACCCAUGGUCGGGGAGGUGGUGGUCUGAAUGGUUCAGCUACUCUAGCCAAGCGGGACAGCCGCAAACUGAGCACUAUCAGUGUGCUUUCUGAGGUACUCCCUGAUAAUUUGGUAGCAGGGACAACAAAUUUGGGCAUGGCAAAGGAGACUGAGGAUGCGAGACCGCCUACUCCGCCUCCUAUCUCAAAAUCAGGAUGGGGUGUGGAGACGGCAGAGAUGGCUGCUACUACCUUCAAUUUUGGCUUGGAUAAAGAUGCUUCAGCUGUGGUUGCCCGACCAGGAGGACGGCGAGCUUCUGUAUUGACCGAGGGGUACGUUUUCACUUAAAUUUCAAACAGGCAAAAAACGGAAGGCUUGCAUUCCCAUGUAAGCUCCUCUCUCCCUCUCUCUUUUCUUUUUUUUUUUGGUCGUAACUUCGUAAGUUGAGACCUGAGCCUUCGACAUGCCCAAGCAUGAGGAAAGAAAUGUCAAGAAGAAGGAAACACAUUUGAGAUGGAACAGAAGGCAGAAAGUUCAAGAAAGAAAAGAGAGAAGAUUGUGCCCUCACUAAUCAAUCUCUCAAGACUAG